ACGAACAGCACUUUCCCUUGAAUCCACUGGCUGUUACUCGUGUUUGCAAGUCCAGCCAACCACAUUUGACAGUAGGUUUAUCAUCGAGAUUAGUGAACCGACUUUAUCUUAAAGCUUACAGCAGCGAUUGUGAGUUGUAUACGGUGAAUCACCGUUGUUGUAACAGCAUCAACUGAUGUGAGAGGCACAGCACCUUGCGGAUACAUCUCGCCAACUCCCCACAUCACCGAGGCCCCUUGCCGCUACCCAGCCAGGGACUAAGUUCAUCAUGAUCAACCCGUUCAUGGAUACUGCGCACACCCCACACCUACCCCCAGGGGCACUGAAGCUGAGCCCGCCCCACCCUAUGGGAGACGGUGGGGGGAUGCACGGACAACCAAACCAUCAGUUCACCACCCAGACAAACGGAUUUGGGGUGCCCCACACUCACCCCCACGCGGUUCACGGUGGGUACGCAACGAGAGAACUGUUCCUACCGCAUACCAGGAGGGAGAUGGGUCUUGGGGGACCCGAUACGAACGCCACCCCCCAUCACAGUAUGUUCGUACCCUCAAGUGCGGGGCUCCACGCGGCUCACCACCCCGACCCCACCCCCAGCCAUGUGUUGUUCCCGGGGCUUCACGAAGCAGCCCACCACAACCCUGGACAUAUGAACAUGAACAGUCCAGUGCCGUUGUACAGGGAUCAGUUUAGCCAAAUGACCGCACGACCGGACCAUUUCCCCCCGCCCCAGCACCAUCUAAACAUGGGGCAUAUUAACCACCACCCCAUGAACAUGACCCCCCACGGACCCGGGGCCUUCUUCAGGUAUAUGCGACCCCCGAUGAAGCAAGAACACACGUGUUUGUGGGUGGACCAAGAACAACAGGAGCCAAGGAAAACGUGCAACAAGACAUUUAACACGAUGCAUGAAAUAGUGACACAUAUUACAGUGGAGCAUGUAGGCGGACCCGAACAGACAAACCACGCGUGUUACUGGCAAAACUGUCCCCGUGAAGGACGUCCAUUCAAAGCGAAAUACAAACUUGUCAAUCACAUCCGAGUGCAUACCGGGGAAAAACCCUUCCCCUGUCCCUUCCCAGGAUGUGGCAAAGUCUUCGCAAGGAGUGAGAAUCUCAAGAUUCACAAACGUACCCAUACAGGAGAGAAGCCGUUUAAGUGUGAGUACGAAGGUUGCGACCGGCGCUUCGCCAACUCCUCCGACAGAAAGAAACAUUCUCACGUCCACACCAGCGACAAGCCCUACAACUGCAAGGUCAAGGGAUGCGAUAAGAGCUACACCCAUCCGAGUUCUCUGAGGAAACAUAUGAAAGUCCACGGAAAGACCUCUCCCCUUCCAUUUGACUCAGAUGACCCUGAUAGCCCCAGCAGUGACUCCACUCCGGCCACCAGCCCCACCACAAGCAGCUCCAGCGCUCCAGUGACGUCAUCAAACUCUCUCAAUUCGUCAUCGUUGUCCCAAAGUAGUCCCAUCUUGUCCCUCGGCGCCCCAGGGCUCGUGCACCCCCACCCUACAAAUCUCAGCGAGUGGUAUGUGUGUCAGAGUGCUGCUGGUAUGCCAACACCCCCAAGUGAUCAUUCCCCUAUCAACUCUUUAGCCCACAUCACAUCGCUUCACCCCCCUCCGGUCGUGCAAUACACGUGACGCCAUAGAGACUAAUGUCGUGAAACUCACUUCCUCAGUUCCAAACUGCAAUAUGGUGCAUGCGCAGUUGAUGGUUUCCGGUGCGUCUGCUCCGAGAGAUACUGCAGCAUCUCAUGACUUUCACUUCCGGUGGAGACGAAGGUUGCAUGCGUGAAGGUUAGGCGAAGCCAGAGAAACUCUCGGGGUAUUUUUACCUGACAAAAACGGAACUCCCAAAGAAUAUGCUUGUUUAUAUCACUAGGAACAGUAUUACAGCGGGUUCAAAGCGAUGACGAGAAAUGACGAGAAAAUACGAGAAGGACACGAAUCGAGAAACAGCUGUGCAAAGACUAGUGAUACAGAACAGUAUAACCUCUAGCUUGCCACUUAUUUCUUUAUAAGGACUUUUUGUGGUGCUCACUGAGGCAAUUCAUAGUGACUAGGAACGAACUUUGACAUUUGACCUUAACCUCUCACGGGGAGUCAUGCGUCGAAGGUACAGUUCCUUUAUUUAACUUCUUACCAAAAAUAUAUACCAAUGUAUACUGAGACCGUUGCUAUGGUUUCCCGUAGUCGACACACAGCAUUUGUUCUCUAGUUUUCCGUCCAUUUUAUUUCACUACACAAGUAUCGUAUGGUAGCCAGAUCUAGGUCCAAAACAAUUAGCCAAAUGCAAUAAUUCUUGUCGUUUGCGCGGAAGCCCAAACAAUUUGAAUCUCACAAUAUUGUUAUUGCCUUUAUAAAUUUUAUUAAUUUAACUGUUGUUAUAUUGGAGAUGUUGAUUAUCGAGGUACAAGUAGUGAACAGCAUUACGGAAUCUCUUAAGCGGAAGUGACGUCACAUUGGCAGGUGGCGCCACAACCGCGAAGUGUCGUCUGCUUAAGCCAUUAGCACGUGCUCUGACUUUUCAUUCCGUUUUAAAUAGACUCGAUCAUUCACUUGAUUGAAACCUCCCAGAUUCAACCAUCAUAACAUAAUUGAAUGGAUGGUUAGCCCAAAUUAACCAUUGUUGUCUAAUGAUGGGUUCAUUUUGUAACGUGACGUCACCAUGGCUUGCAAGUGAGACCGUUCUACCAAUAUUUUAUGGCAUGGUUGUCGGGUGAAGUACCAUAGUAGCAAUUGAGGUCCUUCUCGACCCUACGCGGGCCUGUUGAGACCUGAUCUGGCAUGGUCAGGCCUGACAGUGAGACUGUGGUGCUGCUCGGCCUCUUGUGCCAGGAAUUCCUGGUCGGACUUUGGCUUCUUAGCCAGGCCUGGCGUUUUAUUUAUUAUACAAUGGGUAAACUUAAAGUCCCGACUCUAUUGAGUGAUUGUAUGUAUGUCCGACUGUAUGUAUGCUAGAAUAGUCACGAUUGUAGAUUUCAUACGUCUAUGUUAACCAUUUGUAAAUACAAAUUUUGAAAACAUUUCA